AAAGAAGCCGAUGUUUUGAACGACUCUUGAGUAUGAAACCGUGGUAAACAUAAAUUGAAUCAGAAGUAUAAAUUGAUGUCUUGGAACAAACAAGAUGGACAAUAUAUUGGUUGGAAUCCUGUCUUCUACACAUCCAGACAGCUUGAAAAAACAACUGAUUCAGAAGAUAGCUGCACGAGGUUCUCACCCACAGCCUGUGAAGGUGAUACAGUCAGUCCUGGAGCUGAUGGUUAAAUGGUAUUUGGAGGGAGACUCAGAUGUAGCUAUAAGUGAGGGACUGUCUGUGUACAAGCUGUGGGCCAAAUACAAUCUGUCUGUCUUUGAAGAAUAUUUUAAUCGUCAAUUUCUGCUGAAUCUCUUAUCCAGUACCUACAGAAAUGAAGCAAAUGCAGUCUCUCUUCUUCAUGAGAGUAUGAUUCUCUUACAGCGCUCGUCGGUGUGUAGCGGCCACAUGCAGGUUAUUGAAGCCAAGGCAAUCAGUUACAUCAGAGAACAUCCCUCUCUUCCAUGCCUUUCAAAUUUUGCCAAGUUUCUGAAGGAAUUUCGUUCUUGUAUUCCCAAGGGAGACUUUACCGGACGUUUUUGUGUAGCUCUUAUAGAUGGACUUAGUAUCUGUUCUGUUCCAGAAAGCCAUGAAGAUGUUCAUCAGUAUGUGCUUGAGGCAGAAACUGUCUCUAGUCUGAUAAAAGAUAUUUGGGACAGAAGCAACACUGAGGUGGUAAUGAUGUCACUUAAAGCAAUCUUUGGUAUAAUUUCUUCUAUUGAUGAAGCUAGUGUUGAACCAUCUUUCUGUCUUGGUGCUCUUGCCCAGUACAUACCAACAGAAAUGUUAAAGGUUAUCGUGAAAUUCACAAUAAACAAUGCGAACAUUGAUAAUGCCAGCAUGACCGCAGCCCUGCAGAGGAUUGUUGAUUGGCUGCAGUGGCCCACAGCUAGAAAUAUUGACCAGUGGAUUAUAGCAUUCCUAAAGGGUUUGGCAUCAGUGAAACGAUACAGUGUUCUAAUCAGUGUUACAGAGACAAAGAUUGAACAGGUGUUUGAGAAGGUGUCCUUCCCUUUUGUUCGCAAUUCUGCAAUCAAUGUUUUAUCCCAUAUGCUGUUCAGCUUUCAACAUUCUCCAGAGCCAUUCCACAAGGUACUUCCCAUGGUACCAGUCAUAUACAGGAAGUUAAAACAGGAGAAAUCUGCAGAUGCCCAACAUGCACUGAGUAGGAUAGCAGAUGUCUUACACUGCUGCAUGUACCUUCAUGCUGGAUACCCUGACCUGUAUGAUUCUCUGCUGGUGCUUUUCAAGGAAUUUCCAAAACCUGAUGCUGAUUCUAUGAGGACAAAGUUGGAGGAAAACAAGUGGACAGCACAAAAAUCUGACAGUGCUAAUUAUAUAUCUAAAGUCACACAGAAAUCAGAGACUGGCAAAACGGGGCUCUUCAACCUGGGAAAUACUUGUUUCCUUAACAGUGUCAUACAGACACUGUAUAUGUGUGAUGAUUUUAGGAGAGCAGUUUUAGCACAUGCCCCAUCUCCAUGUCAACCCCUGAUGGUGAAGCUGCAGUAUGUGUUUGCAUUUCUCAGCCAUACACAGAGACCUGCAUAUGCAGCUAUGACCUUUCUGCGGACAGCAAGACCCCCAUGGUUCACAGCAGGUCACCAGCAGGACUGCUCAGAGUUUCUCAAAUACCUGAUUGAUCAGCUGCAUGAACAAGAAGUCUUGGAUCUGAAAAAAGAGAUGACCAAUAACCGUGGCAAGGAUAAAGAUGGGGAUGUUACCAUGGCAACCAGUCAAGAAAAGUCUGAUGAUGAUUUGGAAACAACUGUUCGUGAACACUUUGGUGGGAAAAUGGUUACAACUUAUACCUGUUUAAAUUGCAUGAGUGAGUCUUCAAGAAUGGAACAUUUCUCUGACAUCCCUCUGGCAUUUCCUGACACAGAAAAUUCUGGUGAUGGCAUGACACUAGUUGGUGGUGAUGAUAAGAAAAAUUCUGAAGAGACUAAAUCAGGAGAGGAAUUGCCUCCAAAGGACUCCUCCACCACUAACAGUUCAUCGCCAAAGCCUAAGACAAUGGCAGUGAAACAGCUCCAUCUAAAUGAUCUGCUUCAGUAUUACUUACAACCAGAGAAGUUGACAGGUGACAAUAAGUACCACUGUGAUAAGUGUGGGGGAUUGCAGGAUGGAGAGAGGAAACUCAAGGUGCUCAAGGCACCUGAUCACCUCAUCCUCACUCUUCUUAGGUUCUCCUAUAAUGUGAAGCUCCAGACAAGAUCAAAGACAUUCCAGGAGGUCAAAUACCCUAGAACUUUGAUCCUUCCUGUGGAAAAUCCACCAGUUUCUUCAAAAGAGGAUGUUAAUAAAAGAAAGUCAUUACGUAGUGCAGUAACUGGACAGAUAGAGCAGUGUGGUGUGAAUGUGAACACAAAACGAGGUGAGGUGUAUGGACUAUGUGGGGUGGUGGUCCACUCUGGAACGUCCUCUGAUUGUGGCCACUACUAUUCCUAUGCACGUCACUCCAUUUUCUGUGAUCCUGAUACAAUCUGUGAUAGCCUCCACAACUGCAAAAGUGAGGAUGAUGUAGACUUUUUGCAGGACAAGUGGUAUUUGUUCAAUGACAAUCGUGUCUCACAUGCAAGUUAUAGCUCUUUCUGUGAUGUUACACAAAGAUUUACAAAAGACACAGCUUAUGUUUUGUUCUACAAAAGGAUUGAUACAAAAAAUGCAGAGAAACAGGAACUGAAUAUGAACAAAUCUCUUCAAGCUAAAGAUGUUGACCCUCCACUCCGUAUGGACCUUAGGAUGACUCUCAGUAAAGACAAUGCAAUGUUCUUACAGGAACAAGAAACUAUGGCACGAAAGAAGAGCCAAAUAAAAAGGCCAGGGUCAGCAAGCACUUCUUCCUGGUUUAAUUGGCAGCGACGUGAUGAGGAUGAUGAACCUCCUGGCAGCUGUGGAGGUGGGGGAGGGGGCAAAUAUGGGGAUCUAGACACAUCAGGGGCAAAAUUCAUAUUCUGAAGAGGUCAGCUAAUAUGAUCAGUCUGAAGUAACCAGAUGCAACCACCUUGGAUUCUUCAGAAAGAAUUACAAUUCAGAGAAAAUUAUGUAGAUUAAUUACAUAUUAAUUCAAAGUACAGUGUGUUGUGUUCUUGACAUUCUGUCUGAUUGAAAAGGAUUUGUUAAAAUAUGACAUCUUCAUUUAGGUUUUUUAAAGUAUACUUUAAAACAACCCUCUUUUGCAGGCGACUUAUCUUCGCAGUUUCAUGAUCAAAGCAACAUCACAAAAAUUAAUGGACAUGAAAUAGACAGAUUUCAUAGUUAACCAGAGUUACUGUGUGAUAGCUAUUUAUCUGAUGUGUAAUUUAUCCUGAACCUACAUGUACAGUACAUUUUGUUUUAAUUCAAAGUUAAAUUCAGUGUCGAAAAUAAUUUAUUCCCUUGAGUUUUUCACGGACCACUUAAGUGGAGUCCCCGAGAUCAGUAGAAUACUUGAAUUCUAUAACUGGAUCACUUAUUGACCUUCACAUUGCUGUCUUAACAAAAACACAAAACACCUUCUUUGGAAUUUUAUUAGACUGGUUUAUCCCUCUAGAUAUAGUAUGCUGUUAAUAAGAUGUCAAAAGUUGUUUUGAUCUUAUAUGAACAGGUCACUACUGACCCAUGUCCCUCAGUCCUCCAGUAAGCACAACUGCCAUAGACAAUUAGCUACCAAAUAUACCCAGGUAAGGCUUAUGUAAGGAAGAAUUUAAAGAACAAUUUAAAUGCCAUAAUUAUGGAACAAUAUACAAAGGUAUAUCGCUACAAACUUGUGAUAUUACUGAGACUACGAAAGUUCUACCUGUCAAAGAAAGUUGGUUUAUAGUACAUGUUAAACAACAUACAAUAUUAGAAUAUUGUGCAUCCAGUACAAUGGCACCUUGUCAAUCGAGAUUCUUUUUAUCAUAUCAUCAAGUUCCUUGUUUGGAAUUUUCAUUCUAUAUAGAAAUUUAGUUUUCUACUUGUUUAUCUGAUUCAAUGGGUGAAAUUUCUCUGUACAUACAUUUUGAUUCUGAUCAGAUAUAUUUUGGCGAUAUUAACGUGCGGUCAUGUUGUAAUGAAGUAAACAAACAAGUUCAAUACAUUUACCAUAACAUGGGUAUCUGAAUAAGAUUAAAUCAAUCUGUCAAUGAUUUCUUCAUCAGACAAAUUCUGACUGGGUAUUUUUCACUGCCGAGUCCACAAAUUGUGACAUUUGGUAAUGAUGCCAAAGUACUGUUACAUGUUUUAUAUGUCUCACGAUAUUUAUGACCUGGUCAUAUCAACUGGCCUAACAGUCUAGUAUUAUGAUAAAAGUUAAGCACAGACCUGUUUUAAGAGUAGGUACUAAUACAAUUACCAACAUUAGUUAUUGUUAAAUAUACAUUAGUCAUAUACAGUCAACAUGAUCUGUGUCACCGUAUGAACAAGGUCCUUGAUGAUUUAAGUGAUUUUGUAUGUUCUAUAACUUCAUGAGAUAAUUUGCAUCUUCCUCUCCAGAGAAAAGUACACAAUAUAUUGGGAGGUAUACAGUACCUUGCAUUAUAUAUAUAUAUGUAUAUUGACAUGUUUUAUUAAAAGCAUUUCAUCUCUAUUUCUGAUGGUGAUUCUUUGUGAGGACAAUUCAGAAGUAAACUUUUGUGACUUACAAUGCAAGUAUCAGUCGCAACAAGCUCAGGAUAUGUUGGUUGUAGGUUUAUUAAUCUCGUCUCGUCUAGAUGAGAUUAAUACACCUACAACCAACAUAUGCUGAGCUUGUUGUGGUUGGUACUUGUGUUGUGAGCCCCUAUCCCUCAAUCACCCUGCAUACCGGGUGGUAUCCGAGCAGGGGAUAUCGGGAACACCCAAACUUACAUCAAGAACCACAGCAUUGGUUCUAGUCUCUGGAAUUUAUGCUCGUGUGAUUGAAGUUCAAAUGUACAAUGAUAUCAAAAGGAUAUGAUCCUCAUUUUGAAGGAGUCUUCAUUGUUUAAUUAACUUUCAAGGUUGACAUUGCAGAUAAACAGAUUUGUUGUAUCAUAUGCUUGCAUGGUUUUUGUAAUGUUUGAGUGUGAAUAUCAUUUUUAUAAAUGUAUAGCUUUAAGCAGAGGUGCUGUUGCCAGUUAUAUUUCAUCAGUUUGUUAUAUCUGUGCACAAUUAUUGCCAGAGUGAUUCCAAAUAUGUUGUUUCUACCCAGUUUUGAUUAGAACUGUAAUUAAUUUUGAGUUAUCUCCCUUUAUAAUUCAUUUCACCCAGCAAAUAUAUUUUUGUAUACUUGACGACAAUAUUGUUUACACAUCUGGUUCAUGACUCUACUCUGCUGAAAAUAUUGAAAUAUUGUACAGAUGUACCACUGCUUGACAUUUCCUUAGUUCUGACUUAUACAUACUGUGAUGAAUAUAUAUAUUCCUGUAUUUGGUUAGGAAGAGUAUAGAUAUUUGAUAUAUAUAUAGGUCAGCAUUGUUUGAUGUUGAAAUACAAUCAGUUAAAUAUCAGGCAUUUAGUUUAGGCCAGUUGAAACUGGAUCUCACUAUCUACACUUUCCAAACUUGAUAAAUCUAGGUCAGCCAUGAAUCCCAGACUUUGCCUUUUCGCUUCUUUCCAUGUUUCAUUAAGCAAAGUAAUUGGUAAAGAUAACUUUUUUUUAUUAAUUUGAUUAUAAAUAAACAUCUGUUGAUGCAGAAUUUCUUAUUCAUAAUCCUAUUUACUGCUACUGAAUUAAUUACAUUGUUAUUUGUUAUAAAAAUCUAAAAUACAUCAUAUUUUUGUAUAUGUAUAUCUACUGUAAAAUCAUACUCUUUUGUGUGGAUAAUUU